CCAGCGAGCGGCGCACACGCGGACGCCCGCCCGGCCCCGCGCCGCCGCGGCAGGCCCGGCAUGGAGGAGGAGUGCCGGGUGCUCUCCAUCCAGAGCCACGUCGUCCGCGGCUACGUGGGCAACCGGGCGGCCACGUUCCCGCUGCAGGUUUUGGGAUUCGAGAUCGAUGCGUUGAACUCCGUCCAGUUUUCAAACCACACAGGCUACCCACACUGGAAAGGUCAAGUGCUGAACUCCAAUGAACUCCAGGAGCUGUACGAAGGCCUGAAGCUGAACAACGUGAAUAAAUAUGACUAUGUGCUCACGGGCUACACGAGAGACAAGUCCUUCCUGGCCUCGGUGGUGGACAUCGUGCGGGAGCUGAAGCGGCAGAACUCGGGGCUCGUGUACGUGUGCGACCCCGUGAUGGGCGACAAAUGGAACGGCGAAGGCUCCAUGUACGUUCCGGAGGACCUCCUUCCGGUUUACAAAGAGAAGGUUGUGCCGGUAGCAGACAUCAUAACCCCCAACCAGUUCGAGGCUGAGUUACUGAGCGGCAGAAAGAUCCACAGUCAAGAAGAAGCGUUAGCGGUGAUGGACGUGCUGCACGCCAUGGGCCCCGACACGGUGGUCAUCACCAGCUCUGACCUGCCCUCCCCGAGGGGCAGCGACUACCUGAUCGCGCUGGGGAGCCAGAGGAUCCGGAACCCCGAUGGCUCUGUGGUGACGGAACGCAUCCGGAUGGAGAUGCACAAGGUCGACGCGGUCUUCGUGGGCACCGGGGACCUCUUUGCCGCCAUGCUCCUGGCAUGGACACACAAGCACCCCAACAAUCUCAAGGUGGCCUGUGAGAAGACCUUGUCGGCCAUGCAUCACGUUCUGCAGCGGACCAUCGCGUGUGCAAAAGCCCAGGCAGGGGGAGGACUGAAGCCCAGCCCGUCGCAGCUGGAGCUGAGGAUGGUCCAGAGCAAGAAGGACAUCGAGAACCCGGAGAUCGUGGUCCAGGCCGCGGUGCUGUGAGGGCCCGCGCGCCACCUCCCAACGCACAGCGUGUCGGUGUCUCCAUCGUCGUCCCUGUGAAAACGUAGCAUCUGCCUUAGAGCCGUGACCGAAACUUGAUAUUUUUUUCUUUCGUGAGUGUCCAGCCUCAACCGGUCUUAAUUGUGAAAACGUGCUGGUCGUGCUUUUUAAAAGUCACAAAGCGAUCA